CAAGUGGCUCGAAUAACAUAGCUGGAGACAGCCUGUCACCAACAAAUUCCCACUCACCUAUUCCCCUAACUUCUCUCCUCUCUCCGCAUCUUGGGCUUUCACUUUACAUCCAGUUUAGGGUUUCCUCGAUCUCCUUCUGUUCGAUUCUGCAUUUCGUCUCCCGACUUCGACGGAUUAAGAUUAUACGUUUCGUUCUUGGGUCAAACAAUUGAAGUCUGAAAGAACGAAAACCUGAAGGUUAGUGGGUGAACUGACUGCAUAUGAAAUUUGUUAGUUUUGAGUCGAUAGCUUGACUUGUGUGGAUCUGUUGGACUGGCAAGAAGAUACAUGAGUUCUGUUGAUAAUGCUGCUUAUUCAUCAUCUUAGGUGGUUAAUCUUUGUAUCAUCCAGUAGCGGUUCAGUAAUUGCUUCUAGAAAUAAUUCUCGGAAGGUAGCUUGUAUGUCAGAGGAUCCUUUGCGUCCAUGCUAGCAGAGAGCAUGCGUGGAAUCUGUGUUUUGGGUGAUGCCCCUGACGAGAAUUUCUGCCGAAGCAUUCGGUGUGUUGACAAUCUCUCUAGUUGCUCUGUUGAUUAUUCUUGGCUUGGUGUGCAUCGGAUACACAUUUUACUUGCGUUCUCAUGUUCUUAGACAAGGAUUUAUACAGCUCAGUUACUUCAGUAGUCCCUGGAUCAUUAGAAUCACAUUCGUUUUGUUCACCAUUUGGUGGGGUUUUGGUGAAAUUAUACGGCUAAAUUUUCUGAGGAGGCAAGGAAGAGUGUUGAAUGCACUUGAUUUCAAAUGGCAAAAGAACGUCUGCAGAUGUUACAUCGUUUCGAAUUUAGGUUUUGCAGAACCUUGCCUCUUCCUCAUUCUCAUGUUUCUUCUUCGUGCACCUUUACAAAAUAUAGACACAGGAAUCCUAAGUCGAAAAUGGAACGGGAAAACAGCAGCAUCUGUUCUCCUUUUCUGCCUCCCGUUGUUUGUUCUUCAACUAUUUCUUGUUUUGAUCGGACCUGAGUUACUAGAUGUUAGGGCAGAGUUACCGCCGUAUUUCACUAGAAUAGCUACCCCGGGUAUUCAAAAUUCUGAUGAUAUAGCUCUUUGCACUUACCCUUUACUGAAUACUAUUCUUCUUGGGCUUUUUGCGACCGUCUUGACUGCCUAUUUAUUAUGGCUCGGAAGGCGGAUUUUGAAAUUGGUUAUCAAUAAGGGUUUGCAGAAGAGAGUUUAUACAUUAAUUUUCUUGAUUUCGACUUUCCUUCCAUUAAGGGUUCUUUUACUUGGCUUAUCCGUUAUAUCUAAACCAGAGCAAUUUCUGUUUGAAGCUCUUUCAUUCUCAGCUUUCCUUGUCAUGCUAUGUUGUGCUGGGGUCUGUAUUGUCAUUCUUGUAUACUGCCCUGUCACGGAUUGUCUAGCCCUCGGGAAUCUUAAUGACUUGGAGUAUCGGAGAAGGGUUGUUCUUGACGAUCAUAACGACACCGCUUCACUCAUUGCUAAUCAGGGUCAUCAUGAAGGAAGUGCUGCAAUGAGCCCCGAGCGGAGUUCCAAUGCCUCUACUAAGCGUGGAUCGAUUUCUUUCCGGACUUUCAUAAGAGAUGAGACCUCAACUGGAGCAUUUGUGGAGCUGAGCCUCUUUUCUCAUAGCCGGGACGGAAGCCCACCAGGCUCGCCUCGUGUUGGCUGGCCAAUGAGAUCUCCUACUACACAUGUUUAUGGACCCUAAACGAAAUGUAGGCAAGGAAACUGAGCUUGGUUGUGGUGAAUAUCAAUUUUGUGGUAAAGAAGAAACUGAUUGUAAAGGGUUUAGCUUUCAAUAAGGAUUUUUAUUAUUGGGUUGUUUUCCUUUU